AUGCUUUCCAUCUUGGGGCUGCUUAUCCUGUCAUGCGCUGGAAGGAUACCUUUCGGACAAGCUUACAAAAACGCGAAUCAACCCCCAGUUCCGACAUCAACGGACUGGCCCUGCCAUGUGGAAACCAGUCAGCAGCUGUCCGAUUGUUUCCGGAUGGAGCGAGAGAAGGUUACCUUUCCAUGUGCGAAGGAGAUCGUUGUUCAAGACUGCCAGGAUGCUUUGCCGCUGUCUUUAGAGAACUCAAGGCAGACGGGUGACUCGACUCCACUUACCAGCUCCCCGCCGCUAGAAGGCGGAGUCUUCCUGCACUCGAGCCCUCGCAAUUUGAGUGGUAUCAGGGCGCGUGGUGGUAGUGUACGUGAAACGACGAAAUCACAGAUUAUACCGAAGACUAAGGUGGCACCGGCUGUGCUGAAAAGAAAGAUUAUUGAUGAUUCCCCUGAUCCAUAUGACUGUGAAGAGGUUCUGGUUCAGAAGGAGGAAGAAUGUAUCACUGCAGUGGAGCAGGAAGUCUGUACAGACUACGAGGAGGAGGUGGACGACACUUGUUUCAAGACUGUGCCAAAAGAGAAGUAUAUCUGCCCAGAAUUCGUCCUCAUGCGAGUGUGUGAUUUCACCCACGUAUACCCAGUAGCGGAGGUGCCGGAUGUAGCUGUGACAAAUUCAGGACAGCCGAAUGAUAUGGCACGCCUGCUUGAAGAGUCUAGCACACCUCAAACGAAGGAAGCUUCACCUGCCGAAGGACCGGAUGCUGGAAAAAGAAGGCUGUUCAUACAAACGUAG